AUGAGCGUGAUGGUGUGGGAAACAAUUUUAGCCGGCAUUGCUCCCCCAGGCUCAUGUCCUGCGGUGUGUGCGUGUAAGUGGAAAGGAGGCAAGCAGACUGUGGAGUGUGUGGAUAGAGCUCUUAUCACAGUGCCCGAACCUGUAGACCCAGCCACGCAAGUAUUGGACCUUUCCGGGAAUAAUCUUCAAAUACUUCCUCAGGAAGCUUUUGCCAAAACAGGGCUGCUCAACUUACAGAGAGUGUAUUUACGCAAUUGUAAUAUUGGCCAAAUUCACGAUAGAGCUUUUAAGGGCUUAACAAAUUUAGUUGAAUUAGAUCUAUCUUAUAAUUUACUCACAGAGAUCCCUUCAGAUAGCUUCAAGGAUGCACCUUUCUUACGGGAUCUUACACUGUCUCAAAAUCCAAUAUUAAAAGUCCAUGCAGAUGCUUUGAAUAAUCUUGGCAACGUCGUCAAGCUUGAUCUAUCAAAAUGCGACAUUAGAGAAAUAGCUCCCGACGCGUUCAGGACGUUGCGCUCGCUGGAAUCUUUAAAAUUGAACCAUAACAAGCUACGUGAUAUACCACUGAGUUCAUUAGAGAAGAUCGAGAAACUUCGAGCCAUAGACUUAUCGGACAAUCCUUGGACUUGUGACUGCCGGUUACGAGAUCUUAAAUUAUGGUUAGCAAAACAUAAAUUGCUUUCAACGCCCAGCUGUUAUGCGCCGACACGUUUAGCUAACCGACCAUUUUCAGAGCUACCCAUUGAAGAGUUUGCAUGUAAACCGGAAAUAUUACCAGCUAGUCGACAUAUCGAGGCGGCAGUGGGUUCCAAUGCUACCAUUACUUGUCGAACAGAAGCUGUACCGACUGCUAAUAUUAAUUGGUACUGGAACGGCAGAUUGCUUCAAAAUGGAAGCCACUUCAAUUCACAUCAGAGAAUUUAUAUUUUUGAAGAAGGGGAGUCGAAAAAGAAGUCUUCCCUAGUAUUGACAAAUACGCAGGAAUCAGAUUCCAGCGAGUUUUACUGCGUAGCGGAGAAUAAAGGCGGGAAUGCCGAAGCAAAUUUCACUGUACAUGUCACACAACUAGCAGCCGGCAUGGCUUCCUUGGGGAGCGCACAGAUAGCCAGUCUUGGAGCUGCAUUAUUCCUAGUCGUCGUCGUCAUUUCUUUAGCACUGCUGAUUACAUUCGUCCGGUUUCGUCCAACUCCGGCUUGCGAAAGUAAAACACCAAAUACAAUAGACAGAGUGGUGUCUGGAAAUGAAGUACAUCCGACAUCAACCGAUAGACCUCAUGUUGCUGUUUUAGCUAACCGACAAGACUCACCGAAUUACAAUGACCCAAAAUGUAAUCCGGUUUUAAAACCUCCUAGAGCAAAUGACAUUCCUUACACUACAAAUCAUUAUGAGGGCAGAGGAAGUGUCGUCACUGCUGGUGGCCCAGUAGUCGUAUCUCCUACAGUAUCAGGAAAUAUUGAUCCUGACCUUAUAAAUGAUACAAGGCCAGAAAGUGCUGCUAGGCCAGGAAGUGGAGAGUAUGCACGUGAGACCUCAGAGUCAUUAUACCCAUCUGGUCUUUGGGAUCAGAUGAAAAUGAGUCAAGCUAACAAUUUAGCUCGUGCGGUUAGUACGGCAAUUCCUACGUACUACAACGACAGAACACCUAUUAUAGAGAACUGCAGCGUGGACGGUUCGCAGGAGGAGUUAGGCUACAUGAGCCGGACUUUCCCUCGAUCCCAUGCGAUGACGGCGCCCAGCCCGGCGCCCCCGAGCGACGCUCCAUACCCGCCUGACUACGGGCUGCCGGUGAACGGCGCGCGCACGCUCCGUGUGUGGCAGCGGGCGCCCCCGGUGCUGCCGCCCGUGGCCGCGCUCAAGCGCGUCCUCACGAUCACGAGGCCCUCGGCCGAUGAUCACUUUCAGGAUGGCUGUGCUACUGAUGUUUAA